AUGGAAAAUCAGAAUUUACAGAACCGGAGAGAAGCAGCUGGUCAGAGACGUCCUCUACCAGAAGAGAAUCCCAGGGUGAAAUGCAGAGACUGUGGGGCCUUUGGGCACACUGUAAGAAGCAGAAAGUGUCCUAUCAAGUGUUGGGAUGGGGCCAAGGCACCACUACCCUUGGGAGUAAAGAAGGAAAAGGAGAACCGGGACCCUCAGAAGAAGCCGCAGAAUCCCCAGAGUCUUGAGCCAGCGAAUGAGACAGAAAGAGAGAGAGAAGAAAGAGAAAGACUAGAGAAGAGGAAGAAGGCUCUCUUGCUCAGAUUUCCCAAGAAACCCCCAGAGAAGAGGCCACAGAGUUGGAAGGAUACAACGCAUUCCGGUGACUAUCUGAGGCGCCCGAGCAGACCAACAUUCAUCCAUAUAAGCAGGAAAAUGUCUCUGAACCAUACUCAGGCUAGUGUGCCAGGAGAUGAGAAAUCUGAUGGCCAACCUGUGUGCCAUACAGCACCUUCCACAGAAGAUGCUAAUAUUGUCGUGCCUCUUGAGGAAGAAAAUUUUCAGACCUUGGAUGUCCCUAGCGUGCCAAAAACAGCAUUUGGCCACAGUGAUGAGGACCCAGCUGUCGGUGAGAAUCCAUCAGACCAAAGCAUGGAGUAUCACAUCCAUCAAGUCUCAGAGGCUGCCUUCCAAGUGCAGGAAAUAGGCCACAUGUUUAACACUCAGUCACCAGCCCAGCACUCUGAUGAAGAUAAACAUUACCACCUGUAUUCUGCAGAGCAUACAGAUAACCAGGAAACUAAACUCAGCUUCAAGGCAACCAGUAAGAGAAGUUUCUACAUCUGCACCCAGAUUAUCCAAAAUUCUACAAAGAAAUUUCGACUAAGCUCCUACCAAGCACCCAAGAAGAGCACCAAAAGGCCUAUGUUAGAGCCUUCCCAGCCUGUGUCAUGUUCUAGUACCAGUGGAGUUGAACCAAAAGGAUUACCUGAAGGGGCCAAUGUUGAACAACAGCCUCCACACAACAGAGCUCGCCUGAAUUUCACCCAGCCUCAUGCUGAGUCUCAUCAUUCACUGACCAGCCACGUUCCAGUGCAGCCCCUCCGAAUGGUCUUCACUAGAUUGAGAAACGACUACUGGAGCUCCAAGAUCUUGGAAACUUCCUCAUUCCAGAUUACUGAGAAGAAGAUAUCUCCUCUUAAGAUUUCACUCUCCCUGAAGCACUCUGGAGGUCUGUCUUUCUGGGUCCCUCGUAAGUAGCAUUCCAGGCUCCUUCUCUGAAGAGAAUAAAAGAGAAGUCCACUUGAAAACAGAGACUGCCUCAGGGGGACUUCUGGGAGACUGUUGGGUAGAGGGGCGGAGUUCAGAGGAGAGCUGACUGAGCCAGUUGAACCGGGUCCUGUGGAUAGAGAGGCCUGUGAAGAGACAAGAUACUAUCAGCAGCCCAGCAGACAGAUACUUACUGUUCAGAUCAAAUAAAC